AUGCUUGACGGAUCAUUACCACAAAUCAACGGCCAGACCUACGCGGCAAGGACCUGUCUGGCUUCCCCAACCUCCCACAGCGAAACCUUAACCGGCGCACUGGCAUACCCCAGCCCUACAGAGAUGGAAUAUAAGCGCCGGCAGGCUGGAUCGCCAGGUAUAGUAUAUCUUGUGGUUACUGAGGUAGGCAAUUUAGAAGUCGGCGUGAUGACGGUGUGGCUCGGGAAACAGGCGGUUACAACACCCUUGAUGGACGAGCUGACGAAUGAACAGAAGUCUUUAGAGCCGCAUAAGCAGCAGCAUGAUAAAGGGCGGCGGGUGUCGUCGCAAAGGGCGAUCGGAGAUGUGGCGUUCGCGCGAGACGGCCGUCGUGUGGCGAAUGACGUGCGCUUCCAAAAAAAGAUCUAUGGUGGCCUUGUAUUGUACAUCAAAGCGAAGUUGUCUUUCCAGAUGUUACAUGGCUGCGAGGAGUCGCAUCCACUCAAAGAAUUGGCUAAUAGCAAAUCGUGCAUGGCAUUCUCUAUACUCUUGUUGAAGCGGAGUCCCUAA